CGUAAUUCUCGCGAGAUUACGAAACAGCAAGAAAGGCAGAGAAAAUGGAAGGUUGUGCUAGCUAGCUUGCUAGCUGAGCGAAUCCAAUAAUAACUGGAAAGUAAUCAUUUCGUCCAAGGUGCAAACAGAGACAAGUGGAAUGACACUUCACAUGUCUUGAAAAUUCGGCUUUGCCAGUCAUCUGCUAAUUUGCAGAGCUACCUAUGGAUGUCAGUAUGGACCCAAUGGAAAAUAACAGUGAUGCUACUAAUCCAGGGGAGCAGCUGAGCCAGUCGGAAGGGGCAGAGACGAGUGUUAGACCGACCAUGUCUGAGGUUAAAAAGUCUUGGGGGUUCAGGCGGACAACCAUCGCUAAAAGGGAGUUCUUGGAUGAAAUUGGAGACCUAACCCACAGUCCUCCAAUUGUACGCAGAGGCAGAAGCCGUCGAACCAACCAGACACCCCUGGCUACUCCAGAAACCAACACAACCCAGAGAGCUUCUCUUUCAACGAGGAGUGUUUUAGAUGACCUUGAGUGGUCUGCCCCAUCCUCGCCUGUAUCAGAGGAGAGCAAGCCAGCCUCUGAACUAUCUACAGGAGGGAGCCUUGACCCCAGCUUAUGGCAAGAUUUUGGGUCUGCCUUCCACACUGCCUUUUCACUGCUCGGCGGGAAUGAGGGCUUGCCAAUGGAAAUGUCAGAUGCACUGACAGUCCCUGACAUUUUGGAAUCCACUGAUACCAUCGUGAGUCCUCCACAGAUUAUAGAUGAAUCUGAGGGGCCUGAUAUUAUUGAACCUGGUGAUGACAUGGAGAUCUCACAGCCUGUUGCUUCUGACAGCAUGGCAGGAGGGGAAACUGAGGAUGUGGUGGUGAUAUCUAGCCAAGAGGACAGCGAUGAAAUGACUCUGAUACAGAUUAAGGAGCAACUAACAUCUAAAGGCAGGCAGGAUGACACGAGACCUAGAGGGAGAGGUGGAAGAGGAAAGGCCAAAGGAAGGGGUCGAGGCAGAGGAAGAGGUAGGGGAAGAGGUAGAGGUAGGGGCAGAGGGAGGGGCAGGGCAGCGGCACUUCAGUCAAGCAUGGUAGAUGACAGCGAUGAUAAUGAGGUUCUACUCGGAUCCAUCCCUCCAGCUGAGCACCAGCUGCAGCAUUUGCAAGAGGAGGAAAAAGAAAAUAAUCCACACAGCCCUUCUGAAAUAGAGAUAUCAUCUGCUAACUCUGACAUUACUCUGAGUCCUGCUCAGCAAUCAAGCUCAGACUGCAUAAUCAUAGACACUGAUUUAGACCAGAUUACCGAUGUGACUCCUGGCCAGUAUGAUGAUGCACCAGAGGAGGAGGACGAGGAGGAGGAGAAAAAAGACUACAACAAUAUAGGAGAGUUUUCAGCCAUAUCCGACACUGAGGGCUCUGACUCAAAUGCUCUAUACUGCAUCUGUCGACAGAAACAAGAUAAAAGGUUCAUGAUCUGCUGUGACAGUUGCCAGGAUUGGUUCCAUGGCGACUGUGUUGGUAUCAGUGAAACACAGGGCCGUACGAUGGAGAAGAAAGGGCAAGAGUACAUCUGCCCCCCUUGCACUACAAAGAAGCAGAGCCAACUCAAAUUUGAGCCUAUCCCUCAACCAGAGCCUGAGCUUAGCUUUCCUGAAUGCUUGACACUAAGUCCUCUCAGUGAAGAACGGGAGGGGCAUGAGGAGCUGCAAGACCUCAAGAAGUCUGUAUUGGUGGUGGAGGAGAAGCAGGAGUUUCCUGUGACGAAGCCAGAGCCUGAACCUGAGCCCGAGCCCGAUACUGAGAUGGAGACAGACAGCUCUUCUCCCCUUUGCAUUGGACCUGAGUGCUUCAAACAAGCCCUACCAGACUCUGUUUACUGUGGCACUGACUGCAUCCUUCAACAUGCUGCUGUCACUAUGAAGACUCUUUCUGGCCCAAAGGUGCCCAAGUCCAGAGGACGGCCACAGAGAAAAGCUGCCACUGCCAGACCCACCGCAAAGGGUCAGAGGUCGGGUAGGAUGUCUAAGAGAUUAGCAGGAAAAGCUAAGGAGGGAGGUGAGGAGGAGGAGGUGAAGGAAGAUGAUGGACAGGAGGAGGCUGCAACUCCCUUAGCCUGCGACCCCAGUCUCUCAGAAGUUCAGGCCACUUCCAUACCAUCAUCUAAGCUUUACACAGCGUCUAUAAAGGACUGUAAACAGGCUGACAAUGAGGCUGUAACUCCUUUAAAACAACCUCCUGAGGACACCUCGACAGAUAUGGCUCCCUCCUCCCAGCCUGCCACUGAGCCAGCCCCACCACAGAGCUACUCUCAACAAAAGGCAAAGGAGCCAGUCAACAGUGGUGUGCCUAAGCAGCAAUCUGGAGAAUCAGAUCCCUCUAUACUACCCAACCAAGUAGAAAUUAGUCUGUCUCCAGCUGCACCAUCUCCAUCCACCUCAGCUCCCAGACACCAUGAAACAGGGGCUCUUAUGGUCACUAAGACCACAUACGUCAUACCAAAGAAGCAGCCUAGACCCCAGCCUCCGUCUAGCCACGUGUCAGCCUCAGCAUCAGGCCAGAAGUCUUCUUCAGCCCCCACACUGCUGAACGAAACCAGAAAUCUGCUGGUACCACCUGCACCCAGUGCUCCCUCCUCCAGACCCUCUCAGCCCAAUAACCAGGUCAGACAGAGCAUCCAGCGCUCCCUCAGCAGCAUCCUGUUUAAAAGGGUGUGUGAUUGUGAGGAUUUGGAGAUGUCCGAGAGUGAAGUUGCAAAGGUUGUCGCAAGCAUUGAGAUGGAGAUGUUUGACAUUUUUCGCAACACAGACAGCAAAUACAUGAACAAGUACCGAACUAUAAUGUUCAACCUGAAAGAUCCAAGGAACAAGGGCUUGUUGUGUUGUGUUGUACGUGGAGAGAUCAGUCCCUUCAGACUGGCCAGGAUGAGCCAGAAGGAUAUGCAGGCUACCAAAGCAUCAGAGCCAAGUGCAAAAGAAACAACAGAGGUUAAGGAUGCAGCGGCUAAAGCGCUAAGUUUGUUGCAGAAGCCUGAAGCAGUGAAGGUUGAUUUGCCCAGUUUGAAUCCUGCAAGACCUGAUAGAAACAUGGUUGCUUCCCAGGAACAAAAGAAAAGCUUUCCUGCUCCUGCUCUCAAGACCAGAAUAAGCCAGGGCAGGGCUGUACCAGAUAUUCUCGCAUGUAUGCUGAAGGACACAACAUCUGAGCACAAGGCUCACCUCUUUGACCUGAAAUGCAAGAUAUGCACAGGCCAAAUACUAGCUGGGGAAGAGGAGGAACCCGCAAAGAAAAAACCCAAGGUUUCUGAAACAAGUGAUAAACAAGAACUCUCUUGGAGAAGGUCUGCAGGAGAUGACUCCCCUCUGCGGGCACCACCUGAUUCACCUGACAUGGAUUCUCCAACAUCAUCCCGCCUUAUCAUUGACGCUCCAGAAUUGACUAUAGUGGAAUCCCCUGCUUCCCCUAUAAUGGACUCUCCAGCCUCCCCUACUUUAGAGUCUCCAGCUUCCCCUGUCAUGGAGUCCCCUGCGUCCCCAACCCCAGACACCCCUAUAACUACUACACAAAAGAGAGCAUACACACCAGUUGUGAUCCCUGCUGUAUCCACAGUCACCAUCACAAGGCGUGACCCCCGCACUGCAGCAAGCAGGUUCUCUACUUUGUCUGGUGUCACCUCUGGCCCCAGUGACACAACCCAUAACCCAUCAGUCCCAUAUGCUCCUUUUAAAGAGAGUAUCUCUGCAUCGCCCUCAGCACCUGCCUCCUCACAACCACCAACAAAACCUUUACCUAAAUCUAUCUUAAUGAAGCCAUCUUCCUCUGUGGAUCCCAGACUCUAUAGCACAUCCUCAAGGACGGUGAUCUCUGAAUCUCCAGCUGAUGGGGAGACUUCUCAGUUCUUGGCUAAGCAAGAUAUAGUGUGGAAAGGCUUCCUAAAUAUGCUCACUGUAGCCAAGUUUGUCACGAAGGGAUAUCUGGUUUCAGGAUCUGCUGAAAAUCUCAAAGCGGAUCUACCUGAUACUAUACAAAUCGGAGGACGAAUCCUACCUCAAACAGUGUGGGACUAUGUUGCAAAACUAAAGAGCUCUGUUACAAAGGAGUUAUGUGUGAUCCGGUUUCACCCAGCAACAGAGGAGGAAGAGGUGGCCUAUGUCUCCCUGUUUUCCUAUUUUAGCAGCAGAGGUCGUUUUGGUGUGGUUGCCAAUGGCAGCCGUUCCAUCAAGGAUGUAUACCUUGUCCCACUCAGCUCAAAGGAAUCAAUCCCAUCCAUACUACAACCUCUCAACGGACCAGGGCUUGAAAGAAACAGGCCCAAUCUUCUUCUGGGUCUGGCAGUCAUCCAGAAGGCAAAACGUCCUGGAUGUUUGCCUCAGGAAAUUGAAGAGAAGAGACCCAAAGUUCACAUGUCCAAAGACCCUAUGUGGAUACCAAAACCCCCAGUCCUCUAUGGUUCUGACAAAUUGGAGAUAUUCCAACCCUACGAUCCAGAGACUCCUGCUAGCACCACCCCUCCUAGCUCACCACCUUGCCCUGGCUCACCUUCAGACUCUUCCUCUUCUGGAUCAGUUAUCAUACCAUCUCCUUUAACUUCAUUCAGAACAGACACUCCUGUUACUACCUCAGCCCCUCAGUUAACCUCUAAUAGCAUCUCCGACAAGAAUCCCACAACAGCAUCCGGUGAUAAGACACCGCUGCAGACCAUCUUAAAAAGUUUGUUUGGCAAUAAACAAACUGACUCUGCGGUCUCUUCUGACGGAAGUUCUACAACAACAACAACAACAGUUGGUGUUAAGAAAGUCCCAAUGUUUUCUCAGACCAGAUCAAUGGUGGAUCCAAUUGUCGAACAGUUUGGACAGAAAUCAAAAGUAAAAAAAAUAGAAGAAGAAGAAAAUGACUUUGACCGACCGUAUGACCCAGAAGAGGAGUAUGAUCCAGCAAUGGGAUAUGGAAUGGUUGCCCCUCAGAGCAUAGAACAAAUUAAGGCAGAUGGCCCUGCAGUAACAGGCUUUUCAGAUGAUGGUGUGGCCUAUGAUCCAGAGGAUGAGACCAUCUUUGCAGAUAUUCAAAGUGAUAUUGUUGUGACAAAGCCCCCUGUUCCAACUCAAACGUCAAGUUCGCCAUCAUGUCCCGCCCCAGUUCCUAUCCAGAUUGUAACGCCAGCUCCUACUUCCACUCCACCACUAACCUCUACCCCAGCAGAAGUGAGGCAGAACAUUCCUACGGGCACUGUGGUUGUCUCCGCUGCAACACUAACUGAACAACAGCGGAUGCUCGAAGAGCUCAAUAAGCAGAUUGAAGAGCAAAAACGGCAGUUGAAGGAGCAGGAGGAGGCACUACGUCAACAGAGAGAGGCUGUGGGCAUGUUUAUGGCUCACUUUUCUGUUUCUGAUUCCCUGAUGUCUCCCCCACAAAAAUCUUUGCCAGUCAGCCAACUGUCAGAAUCAACAGACAAGACUAGCAACCUUACAGAGACUGUGGACAGUUUGAAUGUAGAAUCACAAGCUGUUAAGCUAGAAGACACAACUGCCAUCCUUAAUUUAGAAAAUGAUGCAGAUAAUGUUACAGACCAAGAUGAAAUGCAGGAAAAUGUUAAGGAAUCCUCUGCUGGAGAGAUUGAAGAUUCUGAUGUAGCUUAUGAUCCUGAGGAUGAAUCACUUUUUAAUGAAAUUCAAGAUGAUGUAUUUCAAGGAGGCAGUAUAAAGACUCAGGAUUCAUCUUUGUCUAGAACAGGGCAUAGUGCGAGCCAGAAGGGCACUCCUCUGAAUGCGUACCACAGCAGAAAACGAAGACUAUCACCAAAGAAGAGGAGUCAUCGUGAAAGGGACCACCAUAGAAGCCCUUCAAGAAGAUCACAGCGCCGUUCUCCUUCACAUUCCCGGAGACGUAGAGAAAGGGAUAGACACAGAAGAAGUGAAAGGGACAGGUCAAGGCAUAGAGCUAGAAACCAGUCUGAACGGCAAGGUCACCACAGUAAAGGGCAUUCUACACACCGACAUUCUCAUGGACGUAGAAGAUCCCCAUCAUCUACUGGAAAAAAGGAUUCUGGGUCCCUUUCACCAAAACAGCAUAGAGAACCUUCCCCUCAAGUCCUUGAGAAAUCAAAGCCUUUAAGUGUUCUGAGUAAUGCUCCAGACUCUGUUGUUGGACAAUUUGUAGAGAGUAACACAUCAUUAUUUACCUCAGUUACUAUUAAAAAUAACCCUGAUGGAAAUCAGCUAAAAAGUAAUCUUGAUGAGAGCAUUGACAAAGGCUUUUCUCCACGUUCACAUUCACUUCUUCACAAUGUGAAGCUUGAGACUUCAGAACCACCCAAAUCCCAGGAGCUUAAAACAACUUCAGUCGGCGACCAUGAUGACUCAUGUAGUGGUUCUUCUACACAGGUUGAUAAACCCUCUCAACAGGAAACUCUGUUUUCAAACAAGUUUGAAAGUACUGUUCCUCUAAGAGUAAUUGAUCCUCCCAUUCGAGAUUCUCCUCAGAGCCCUGAUCCAGAUCCACAGUUUGUGAAUCCUAGCAGCAUAGGAAUUGACUCUGUUAAGAUUGAAGAAAUCAGAGUUCCUGAGAUGCAUACCAGUGUCUCAAUGACACAUGUUAAAAUUGAAAAUAAUGUUCUGCCUAUUUGUGGUCAAGCAACAAUGUCCAACAUAUUCUGGCCAACGGUUGGAGGUCCAAUAUCAAAUGUUGGAAAUAUGGAUUUUAGAACCCUAAAUCUACAGAGCUCAGGUGUCAGUGAUACAGGUAUGAUAGAGGAAGACAAACGAAUAGAAGGGGGAAGUCCAAGCUUAAAGCAUCAAACAAUACUGGGUCAUGGGGGAGGACAUUCAGAUCCAGCUACAAACUCAGAUAUCCAGCGCUCAGCACCUAAAAUAGACCCUGUGACAAAGCGUCCAGGAACUGGCAUAAGUGAUCCAGGAAUUAAGAAUGCAGGAUCCCAUAUGAAAGAACUUGAACAUGGAAGACCACAGAUAGACCUUAGAGAAAAAGGAAUUAGAUUCCCAGGGCCUGACAUGAGAGGUACAGGCAUGCAAGGCAUAAGUCCCAACAUUUGUCCUGGAUCAGACACACAAGACCUAGCUAUAAUUAGCCGGGGGGAACAUGUGAGGGACCCAGGGACAAGAAUGCAGGGUUCAGAGGCAGAUUUUAGAGAGCCAGUUGUUCAACAACACAACAGUGAUAGAAUUGGUUCAUUGCCAGUCAUAAGAGGUUCUGGGAUGAGGAGUCCAGUGCGAAAUAUGCAGAGUUCUAAUAUGCCAGGUGUGAACCAAGAAGUAAAAGGUUCAGGCCCUUAUUUUAGACACAGCAAACUAGAAGUGAGAGGAAAAAUGCUUGUAACAGCUGUUGCAAAUUCACAUAUGGGAGGAUCAGGCCUACAGAAUGAGAGGGGAGAUCCAGUCAUGAAGGGCCCUCCAUCAUAUAGACCUGGGCCUGAUACAAGGGGCACAAGGGAUCCUUUAUCAACUAUGUAUCAUCCAAGUUCAGAAAAUGCAGAUGUCAGGCCAGGUGUGAUGGAAAUAAGGAGAGAUCAAUCUUUUGGGGGUCCACAGAUAGAAGGUAGGGCUCCAGAUAUUAUAGGAAGAGGCCAAAAAGAUAGAGGUGAAAGUCCACAUACUGGUGGUAUGAGAUCAGCUAUGAGGGGUGGCGGUGUGAGAGAUCCAAGUCUAGGUCCAUCUUUUAGAGGCUCAGGGAGAGUUCAAAUGCAAUCAAAGCAAGAUGGCAGUCCAGUUUCCAGUAGUGGGCCUAGAGAACAUUUCAAUGAACCACUGCCCAAUACAAGGACUGAAAGGAUGGUCCAUGGCCCUGACAUGACAGAAGCAGAAACAAUGCAUAAUUUAAGAAGGCCAGAUUUGACAGAAAUAAGUUAUAUGGGGCCUAGUCAAGAUAUGGAUAGUACGGGUGGCUCAGAUACAAGAGGUGAUGGGAUGCUAAACAUUACAAAUCAAGAUUGGAGAGGUCCAGGACCAGGUUUUGUUGGUCCUGAUAUGAGGGGUCAGAGGAGUCACAAUAAAAGCCUGGUUCCACAUAUAAGGGGUCCAGAUUGGAGAGGCUUAGGAUCAGAAAUAAGAGAUGUUUGGAGAGGGCCAGAUAUGAAAGGAUCAGGUCCAGUCAGGGGAAGGCCAUUUAUACAAGAUGAAUGGAGAGUCAAUCAAUAUGAUAAGAGUUGUCCAAACAUAGAGAACCAGGGGCAUGAUACAAUGGAUGUUGCAGACCUAGACUUUAGAGAACCAGGGUCUGAAAUGAGCGGUCACCUUAAGCAUGACAGGAGAAGACCAGGGGGUCAGGAUUUCAUGACACCAGGACCUGUAAUGAGGAGACCUGAUAUGGAGGUUCCAAUGCAUGACAGGCAAGGACCAAGAGGUCCAGAUUUAAUGAGACCAGAACCUGAAUGGAGCAGUCCAAUUAUGGGCAAUCUAGGACCUGGCAUGCAAGGACCAAGGGGUCCAGGUUUUGCAGGACCAGGACUUGAAAGGCGAGAUCUAGCUCUGGAGGGUCCGGGGCCUAACAGUAGAGGACCUGUGGAUCCAGAUUUCAGUGGAGCAGGACCUGACAGGAAAGGCCAAACUAUGGAGGCUCAAGUACCUCACAUGAGAGGACCAGCAGGUCCAGAUUUCAAGGUGACAUGGCCUGAAAGAAGAGGACCUGGAGGUCCAGAUUUCAGGGGACCAGGGCCUGAAAGGAUAGGUCCAGCUAUGGAAGGCCCUGAAACUGACAUGCGGGGACUUGGAGGUUUAGAGUUCAGUGGUUUAGGACCUGAGAGAAGAGCUUUAACCAUGGGGGGUCCUGGGCAUGUCAGAAGAGGACCUGGAGGUCUGGAUUUCAGAGGGCCAGGACCUGAAAGGAGAGGUCCAGGUAUGGAGGGUCCUGGGCCUGACAGGAGAGGACCUGGAGGUCCACAUUUUAGAGAUAUGAGGCCUGAAAUAACUGUUAUGGAGGGCCCAGGGCUAGAUAGGAAACAUCCAAGAGGUCCAGAUUUUAGAGGACCAGGUUGUCUAAGCAGAGGUCCAGACAUUGAGGGAUCAUGGCCUGGCAGACAAGAACCAGGCAGCUCAGGCUUUAGGGUGCAUGGGCCUGAGAGGAGAGGUCCAGAUAUGGAGGGCCCAGAACCAGAAUGGAGAAAAUCAGGUGGUCCAGACUUUAGAGGCCCAGGCAUCAGGCAUAAUGCCCCAAAUACAGAAGGUCUGAGACAAAGAAGAGAUGACUGGAAAGGGGCUGACUUUAGAGGGUCAGAACUAAUCCAAGAGAGCCCAGUUAUAGAAGGCCAAGUACCUGAAACAGGUCAAAACUUGAGUUGUCCAAGGCCUACUAGGGGAAACAGAGGACCAGGGCCAAACUUCAGGGGCUCUACACCUGAUAGGAGAGGCACAGACACAGAGGAGCAAUGGUCAGAAGGAACAGGGCCCAAUAUGGAGGCUCUAGGAAAUGAAAGAGAUUGUUCAAGAGAUGAUUGGAAAAUACAUGGCAACAGGGGUCCAAGCCCCAUCCAAGUAGGUCCAGGUCAGCAGGUUCAAGAACAAAGUAGGCAAGGUCCUCAUAGAGAAUGGAGAGGCCCUGAAAAUAGGGGGCCAAGGCCCCUACAGGAAAGACCAACUAUGCCAUUUCCAGGCCCUUUGAGAGCUCCAGAAGAUGAUUGGAGUGGUCCUGGUGUCAGGGGUCCGGGGCCUGUUCAGGGUGACCCAGAUAUGGUAUGCCCAGGGCCUGGUAGGGAAAGACCUGGAAAUGGAUGGAAUGAGCCUGAUAGAGGGGAUGCUGGGCCAAACAGAAGGGGGCCUGGACCAAAUUUUAGUGGACCAAGAGAUCCAGACAAUAGACGUCAAGGUCGUAAUAGAAGAGGUCUUGGCAUGACAGAACCAGGAUCAGAUACAAGAGGGGGUCCAGAUAUGGGGAAUGACUGGAGGCAGCCAAACUUCAGGGGUAAUAUGAGAAGGACAAACAUGGAAGGACCUGGGGCUCGUAGUGGAGCUCCAGACUCUAUGAAUUUCCCUAGCAGGAGAGGAAUUGAAAUGGAGGGGAUUGAUAGAAGAGUCCCCAGAGGACCAGAUUUCAGACAACAAGAGACUGAAAACAGAAAUUCAAACAUUGAAAGUCCAGGGACUGAUGGGAGGUUGUCAAAUUUUGGGGGACUAGGAUCUGAAGGGCAAGGUGUAGAUAUGGAAAGCCCUGAAACCUGUAGACAAGGAUUUGAGCAUGAUUUUAAGAGGAAACGUAGAGGCCCAGACGUAAGAAGGCUAGGGCCUGGUAAAACAGAUAGGGGACCAGCACCUGAAAGUUCAGAUCUAAGAUAUGGGCCUGGGAGGUGGGAUACUAACACAGAGGGCCCUGGUUCUGAUAGAAGAGGUCCAGAUAUGAUGGGCAGAGGGUUAGACUCAAGGGGAUAUGAACCUGCCAUGAAGGAUGACACGGAAGGGUCAGAUAAAAGGGGCCCAGGGUGUGAUGGCAGAGGGCUAAACAUGACAGCAUCACCUCACUUCAAUAUUACUCAAAUUAACAGAUGCCAAGGCCCUAGUGAUCCAAAUUCUGCACCAUGCAAGGGACCCCUAGGUCAAGCUCAAAACAGAGGAGGAAACUCAUGCCCCGGCUUUGACAAUCUCCAAAAUCAUCAAGCAGUAAAGCCCCAUAGACACAGAGCUGCCUUACUUCCCACUCCAACAGAAGGUCUCAUACGAUUCCCAAAUCGAAUGAUCAACAAUCCUGAUGUCCUUAGCCUGAAGCGAAAACAAAUAGGUCACCCAACAGACAGGGAGUGGAGUAGAGGUAGACAAGUGAGUCGAGAAAGAGAGUUGGUCAAAGGGCAAAGACAGGAGCAGGAGAAAAGUCCUGCUGGUAGAAUAAGCACCCCUGUAGAUGCAAAUACAGAGGAUGCAGAAGGAAAAAAGGAAGUGGGCAAUGAAACUGAUAAACAGGGUGUGUGUGUAGAAACUAAAACCAAACAAAUCAUGGACAGUGAUGAAAAUAAAAGUAAUGCUCAACCAAGUUAGACAGAAUAAAAAUCAUAACGCAUGGACCACUUAAGACAGUAAGGCUGUCGAACUAGACCUGCGAAAAGGCUUAGUAUAAUCAAAUUGAUCAGAGAUAUGAGAAUGCUCAAAGGUAUUUGAAUUUAUUAUGUUCUUGUUUUUGUUGCAUUUUUUUUUUUAUUUGAAUGACUAAAUGCCUCUUGAAUAUAAUCAAUCACUUGUAAAUUCAACUCAAUGUGCAUUUUUAGUUGGAAAUAGUAAAACAUGCUUUGUACAAAAAUUUACAUGUUUUUUGUUUUUUUUAACAUUGUUAGAGUCUCAGUACAGUAGCCUUGAUCUGGCUUUAAUGUUCUGCUGGUUAAAAAAAAUGGUUGUUUCAUUGUUCUUUUAGAAUGUAAGAAGUCAAUAAAUGAUAUACCUUUUUUAAAUUGUA